AUCGAGCAUUAGCUUCCGUGCAUUUCUCUCCCACAUCUUAGCUUCUGAACGAAGCUCUUCAAUGGUGUCUUAUGCUGCUUCCAGUAUGUUUUUGGAAGAACCAGCAUUUGUCAGGGAUGAUGUAGCAAUAACAUGUGAAGAACUUUGCCCAAACUCUAUUUCUUGA